UCAUUUCUAUGUUGUGUAACUUUUUCCUUUGAUGUGGCCUAAGCUGGCAACUGUAAUGGUUUGGCUGCAUGUCAAAGCUGCCUUUUCCGCGUUAACGUCGUCUUUUGGUGCAAGAAGUUCAACUGCCAUUGCAAAGACCAUGUCUUCAACAAACUCUUCACAAUGUGAACUUCGAAAGGCUACUUUUGCUAUGUCCUGAUUUUGGUUCCCGGAGGCCCAGUUUGGUUGCAUGGAUGGAGUUGUGCGAACUAAAGUGGGCUACUCCGGGGGCUCGAAAGCUUUUCCAACUUACUACAACCUGGCUGAUCAUGCUGAGUCAAUCGAGAUUGAAUUUGACCCAAAUGCAGUGGAUUACAAUACUUUGCUGAAUGUAUUUUGGGAAGGUCACAAUCCUACUGCCCUGGUCAAAAGGCAAUAUAUGUCUGCAAUAUUUUACCAUAAUGAAGAUCAGAAGCAAACUGCAGAAAAAUCAUUAGAAAAAAUUAAGCAAAAAUUGAAGCCAGCAAUAGUGAGGACUGAAAUCAUGGCUGCUGGAAAGUUUUAUGAUGCGGAAGACUACCAUCAAAAGUACAUUCUCCGUCAGCAAAGACAACUUUUUGGCACAUUGAAUCUUUCUGAUGAGCAAGUAAAACUUUCACCUUUGGCUUCAAAAUUAACUGGUUACCUUGCUGGAUAUGGUGGAAUUGACAGAUUGGAAAGAGUGAUUGAUACUUGGGAUCUGACUGACAAGCAAAAAGAAAUGGUUACAACUUCAGUCAAAAAGAAGGGCUGUACCGGAAUGUUUUGUAGCAUAUAGGGACCUUCUAGGGUAAUAUUUAAACCAAAUGUUAUCAUCAUAGCAUUUUAACAUUAUUAACUUGUAUAAAUUUUGAUUAUAUUUAGUGAAUACUGAUUACAUAAUUCUGUAUUUUUUAAGCUAAUACUAAUGUUAUUUGAGUGAAAAAGUUUGUUAUGAUGCUUUUCUGUACAUUCAGUGAAUUGUUAUUGAAACAGUAAAGCUGAUAAAUAUUCUUACUUAACAUUCAAUGACUGAUUUGUGUUGUAGAGACAUUUCAAGAAAAAUAAUUUGUGAACUGAUUUCAUUGUAUGUAUAUUCUCUUCUACUUGUCAAACUAUGUAUUAACCAUUAUUCAAAUAAUGUAUUUAUUUCAACCACAGUAUCCAUGAUCAUA